ACGUACUAAAUACUUAUCGAUUUUCUUCCACCCUUGAAGUACAGCUGUCAUUGGUAAAAAUGGCGAAUUAUAAUAAAGUCGGGAAGUCAAUCACAAAUUAUUAAUUUACUUUAUUUUGUGACAAAUAUACAAAUUUUCAUAUUGAAGGAAGUGCGCUGGGGAAGCACAGACUUAACAUUCGAAGUGUGCACCUUAUAUUUUAUUUGCUUUUCGCCGUCCCUUGAAUUUGGAUCAGGGCAAUAUUUGUAUACCGCAAGAUAUAAAUGAACCAAAUCCAAAUACAGGAACUUACUACUCACCUAUCCCAGGCACUCGAUCAAAACUACGAUGUCGUCAAUAUGGAUACAGUGGUCUCUGUCAUAUGUGCAUUGGAGGGCACAACUAUCACCAAGGAGCAGCUGGAGGCCACCAGAUUAGCUAAGUACAUCAAUCAGCUCAGAAGAAGGACCAAGAAUGAGCAUUUGGCUCGACGUGCAAAAUCCUUGCUGAAAAAGUGGCGGGAAAUGGUGGGAAUUCAGCAAACCCCCACUGAAAAUUUGACACAUCCCAGCCAAAUUUCUUCUUCACAGCCAGCAGUAGAUUUGGCUAAGUCCCCUGUCAACAGCUUCAUUAGCGAACCAAUUGUUCCUUCGCAGGAUAUAGUUACAGAUAUGCAUUCUAAUAUCGAUUCUGCGGAGCCUCCGCCUUUGGGUAUACAAACCCGGCUUCAUCCGAACUUCUCCAACCUUGUAAAUAGUAUAAGUGAUAGCGAUCGCCACGAAAACUUGGCUACAACGACAUUGCAUACUAACAAGGACCGGCGACAUUCGCAUCCCAUCCGAAGUAGCCACGAAGUAGCCUCUCCUCUGCCAAUCGCCAUAGAUCAUUCGAUAAAUUCGGUGUUUAACUUGACCGAUGACAGCACCGUGAAGAUAAAGGAAGCUUCGGUUGUUAUUGACAUAGCGUCUGAUUCCGAUGAGAAUGACAAUCACAGUUUGUUAAAUCAGGAAAAAUCAAAAUCAAUUGUUCCUGCGCCACUUCCAAUACCAUCUACACCAAGCUCUCGACAACGAAAAUUAAAAAAGGAAAAAAAAAGUAAGGACAGAGGACAGUUUGCAACAAAUAACAGACUUGGUGCAAGAGUCAGCGACGGGUUCCAACAGGCUGCUCUGACAGCAGAUUCAGAAAUAUUUUCCCUUUCAAACAGCUCCAUGAGCUCAAUUUUAUCUGGAGAUGCUACAUUGAAUUAUUCGCAGAAUAAAUUUCGACUAAACUCGAACGAAUUGACCUUUACCGGCAGGUUUAAGUCAGUUAAUCAUUUAGAUCUUUCAAACCAUAAAAGCACAAACUUUGUGACUGGACAAAACAAUGUGUUCCGAAGCACCGAGUCUGAGAAACAGAAAAUAGAUGAAUAUAGUGCUUACGACUCAAACGCAUCAUGUAGUCGUCUAUCGCCUUCAACUGUAGACGAAGUUAAGAAAGCUGAAAAUUUAUUUGAUGCUCAGUUAACUAAUGCCACCGCGAAUCAGAUGUCUAUCCCUACCGUCAGUAUCGGCUAUGAGUCGAAUACGAGACAUGAGUACUUGGAAAGCAAUUCGCCGUCCCAGAUCCCAAAACGCCGUGGUAGAAAAAAAGGAUCAAAAGGAGUUGACUCACUUAUUGCAAAGGAAUCAUCCAGUCUAUCUCAACAAAUAUUUUUUGGUGGCUCAACUGUUAAAAAGGUUAAGACCACAAAAGAACUUUUUAAUGAAAUUCAGAGCAGAAAAUUGAGUGUUUCUAUGCAAUCAUCGACGAGUAAUAUUUCAAAUUCGUCAAUAAAUCGAGAUCUCACAUCUCAUACUACAUUUCCAAGGCCAACUUCCUCUUGCUCAGACACUUCAAUGCAUUCUCCACAUAUAUUGGAAACGUAUUCUGGAAGUGCUAUCUUCGCAAGUAAAAUAGAUGAUCUGGCACAUACCGAUAGUGAUACCGUCACUUCAGAUCCAUCACACGAUAGUAAUAAAUCUCAAGCGAUAAGGGAAUGUACUUCGUUGGAUAGCAAUAGCAAUUCUAUUCAGAGCUUACCGUUAGCAAAGAACAGGGAAAACUUGAUUCCCAAGAAUGUUAACGAUAUCACGACUCAGCUAAUGCAUCUAAUUCACAGCCUAAACAGCCCGCUCAGUGAAAUUGAAAUUGAGAGAGUGUACCAAGAACAAAUAAUACCAUGUACUUGCAUAGUUAUCGAAGAAGUUCAAGGUACAUCAGGAGAAUCCAAUAAUGCCACUUCAGAUAUUCAGUCGUACAACGCAAAAACAAGUUUAAAUUCUGAAGACAAAAUUUCUGGCCACAAUAAUCAAGAUAAUUUUCAAAUAUCAAACCGUUCUGUUAAUGGUGAAGUAAGUGACACUCAGCCGAAAUUAGUAAAGUCCAUAUUUGACCUAGAUUUUGAUGAUAACGACGAUCCUUUAUAUUUUAUUUUGGAUGAUAUUCAAAAGCCUAUUGCUGGAGCUGAAGAGUUAAAAAAAAAUAAAUCAGAUACCAAAAACAUAUCUUUUGACGUAUCUACACAAAAUGUUUCGUUGAAUGCCAUCAACAUUAACGCCGAUGUUCAACUAGACAAUUCUAAUCAAGAAAGAGGAAAAAGUGAAACACAAAAUGCCAUUCUUCCUGUUUUUACAGUUCAUGAAGAUCCUGAUUGCGUAGCAAGGCAAAGGUUUUAUAUACAAACCAACAAAGUCACCAGCUUUCACAUCAAUGCGUUGCAUAAUUAUUAUAUACCAAACAUAAAUGGUAAUUGGGAUAAUGUGGAAUCAUUUACAAGUUUUCAAUCUAAGCACACAAUGAUGGAUACCAUAGAAUCGUACACAGUGACUAAUGGAGCUGAUGUUGUUCCUAAAUAUGGACUUCUAACAUUAGAUCGAAUAAGAAAAGAUCUAAGUUCACUAAAAAGUAUUAAACCUUCUAAGGUGAAAAAUUUUAAAUCGUUAAUUUCACCGUUUCUUGGUGUUGCUAAGUGUUUACCAACGUGCCGUCGAGCUAGACGAAGGUUUAAAAAAUGUGUUAACUUUUCCACUGAUAAUGACAUAAUUUCAAACUAUUUCGAAAGCCCUGAAAAUACGAAUCUUUCGUUUAAGAACUGCAACCCGUUAAAUGUUAAUAUUGAUGGUCCAACUUCUGCUAUUUACAGCCAUAAUGAAAACCACGUGCCAAUGCAAGUCAAUACCAACGUCGAAAAAUUAUCACCGUCGCAAUCGUUCUCCAUUAAUGCUAUCAGUUGUAAUUUACUAAAGCUGGCCGUUGAUAAAGUGCGGGAUGACGGCAUCUGCGAUAAAAGCAGUAAUCGCGGUUGUCAAGGUAGCAGUCCCUAUAGCAGUUCUAGCAGUAGUGGCUGCUCCGGUAGAAAGGAAGAUCAACACUAUUUAAAUAAAAAUCUGCAAAAUAAAAGCACUCAAUUAAACACCAUUAAAUCAGAUAUGAAACGCAGAAAAAAAAGAAUUUAUGCUACGAAAAAGAAGAAACAUGAUCGUAAGCGAAUGAAGAUUGCUUUAAACGGAACUUGUUCAAAUCUGCCUAGUAAUUUUAACAGCAGUGACAGCGAAAAUGGAACGGAAAAUGAUUAUAAAAAUGAGUACGAGAACAGUAAUAAUGAAGAAUAUGCUAUUGUUCAACGUCCAGCAGGGGAUGGAGAAAAUUGCAGCAAUCACAUUGUAUUGACAAUAAAAAAAACUCCAAGCAAAAUUAAUUCUCCAGCAAACUCUAUGACUGCAUUUUCUCCUCCUACAUCCGAUACAGCAAAUUUGAAAAAAUCGAUUUUAGACUUGUGUCUGGAAGAUACAAAUAUAUCUCCAGGUAAAACAGAAAUUACAUUAAAAAAAAAAACAAAGGAUUUGGCUAAAGUGAACAGGACAAUCCCUCAGUCAAGAAGUUCUGCCUAUCGGCGUACAGUCCGAAAAUCUGACAAAAGUCAAAGUAAAAUGAUUGAUCUAGAAUUAAAAAAUUUGUUUAAUUUAAAAGCAAAGCCACCAUAUAUCUCGUCAGAUGUUAAGCUACACAACAAACUAUUUUUCCCUCACGAAUUGUCCAGGGAUAAUGCUUCAGGCAAAAAAGAAAGAAUAUUAAAUUAUAGCAGUAGCAGCAGCUCAAGUUAUGAUGAUGAUAGCGAACUGGAAAAUACUUCUUUUGUGAAGAAAGCUAAUGUAAAAAAGUGUUUAACUUACACUAACCAUAAUUUAAAUCCUGAGACUGAAACGUGCGCUGCAACUGCGAUUUCUGAGGUCAAAUUCGAAAGCGAUGAAGAUUCAAUGUUAACUUCAUUAGGCGAUAGUGAUAUAGAUUUUCAAGAUGGCAUUCAAGUAAUAAAUGAUACUGUUGAUUUUUGCAAUGAUUUUCAAAACAACAAAAUGCUAGAAUCUUUUAAUUCAAUAUUUGCUGAUAGUCUACUACCGAACUUGAAAAAUUCACCCUAUGACAAUAUGAAACCAUCUCCGCCUAUUACAUCGCUCGAAUCACUAAAAAAUGAGAAUUCUGAUGCUAUUACUGUAUAUUGUAACAAUAACAACUUAGAUGUACAUUUAUCCAAUGAGCUCAGUAACAUCAGUGGGAAAUCUAUGAAAUCGUUAGAUUCAACAAUGAAGCUGCCAUCACUUGGCGUUGAGUACUGUACUGGGAUUCGAACAUCUUCAAACUUAGCCUCUACCAGUAUUGCUGAUAAAAACUUAACUAGGAUUCAAGAAUUCAAAGAAUGGCAUCAGGUUCUUCAGUUAAAAUCGUACAACAAUGAGCCCUUAAUCGUUUUGCCUUACGUUUUGCUUGAAUAAAUUUAACGUUUCUUUCA